AUGUACGUCGCUGAAUACCUACCGAGACUCUGCAAGAUCUCUAUCAAAUUAGAUUUACCGCAUGAUACGAAACUGAUUUCUGCUAUUGGAAUUCGGCAGUCAAGUUUGGUCAUCCAAACCUCCACCACGCUCGUGGUUCCAUUACCGAUUCACGACUUGUCCAUUCUUGAACUGGCCAAGGUAACCGGAGUCAACAUUAGCGAAAAUGUGAUGUCCUUGAUAAUAACAGUGGAUGGAAGUACUGGAGAGCCUGAAGACACUUCAUUCAUGAGUCUUGCUCAGUCAGGCACCCAGAAAUGGUCCGUAAAAGACUUGGUGAAGAAGACUCCAAGAAAUAGCAGCAACAUCAACGAAUUCGAAUUCUGCUGCGGCAAAUGCGACCUGUCCAUUAUAAAAGCAUCAGAAAACAAGUUCAUGGACAUGCCAUCAGAGUUUUGGCAUGAAAUGAUGGAUUUUUGGCACUGCCAUAAGCCUCACGAACACCACCAUCUCGAUAACGACAAAAACUAUAACGGCAAGCUCCUCCCGGCUCCAGGGAACGUACAUAUCGGUGCCUCAUACAUCUUAACUGCUGGGGAUAAGACUGAAUGCCCAAAAUGUGGUCAAACAUUGGGUGUUGCCGAAGAAAAGUGUGUUCGCCUUUUCAAAUGGAACAUGAACUUGAAGUACGGAAACACCACCGAAACAUUCCCUGCGUAUGCAUUUGUGUUCUACUUGUUACUUGAUAAGGUUAACUCUUCAGCAAUUAGGAAGGUUUCUUUACGGUCAGAGUCUCUGUCGAUGAAUGUUUGGGUAUCCAACUUGGGCCUUGAUGUCUCUGUUACGGGGACAGUAUUGACCAAUGCAUUGAAGAUUUUGUAUGUUGCGUCACCUGAAGUGUUGGAGGACGAGGUGAUUGAUGUUCCUGCCGAGGUAUUUGAUUCUUUCAGAGAACAAAUUGAUGAUGUCUACCUAAGAUUACCUGAGGAAAGCAGGACAUUGGUUAUGCUGGAAAGCAACAAAAAGAUAAAGUACUGUGUGUCAUAUUUGCUGGCAGAGUAG